ACGAUAUCUCGAAACCAGAGAUCUCUGCCUGAGCAAAGCGUCCAAUAACAGAGAAUGCUUGUGGGAGAAGUGACCGCUAGCUGGAUGUCAGAGAUAGUCGGGGCGGAAAACAUCGCUAGCAAAGGGGUUGAAUAGGGCUGUUGACAAUAUAUUUCAUUGUAGGUUGUAUCAUUACAUUGCUAUCGAGUUGCAAUAACAUUGUUACGUUAAAAUCAAGGAGUGGGGGCAUAUUUCUGUAGUUAGCUACCACCAUCUCCCGCAGUCUUAGCGAUCGCCGUGUCUUCCAUACGAUGGGAAACGCUGCCACUGCCAAGAAAGGCAACGAGCUAGAGAGCGUUAAAGAGUUUCUCGCCAAAGCCAAAGAAGACUUCCUACGGAAAUGGGAGUGUCCACCACAGAGCACCACGGGCCUAGAUGACUUUGAAAGGACGAAGACUUUGGGCACAGGCUCAUUCGGCAGAGUCAUUCUGGUGAAACAUAAAGGAACAGAGCAGUUCUACGCCAUGAAAAUACUGGACAAGCAGAAGGUGGUGAAACUCAAACAAAUAGAGCACACAUUGAACGAGAAAAGAAUCCUGCAGGCUGUGUGUUUCCCCUUCCUCGUCAGGCUGGAGUAUGCCUUCAAGGACAACUCCAACUUGUACAUGGUGAUGGAGUACGUACCAGGAGGAGAGAUGUUCUCGCAUCUAAGACGAAUCGGAAGAUUUAGUGAACCACACGCACGAUUUUAUGCAGCCCAGAUAGUCCUGACAUUUGAGUACCUCCAUUCGCUCGAUCUGAUCUACAGAGAUCUUAAGCCUGAGAACCUUCUCAUUGACCAGCAUGGCUACAUCCAGGUGACAGACUUUGGGUUUGCCAAGAGGGUAAAAGGCAGGACUUGGACGUUGUGUGGCACACCAGAGUACCUGGCCCCAGAGAUCAUCCUCAGCAAGGGUUACAACAAAGCGGUGGACUGGUGGGCCCUCGGGGUCCUCAUCUAUGAGAUGGCUGCUGGCUACCCUCCAUUUUUCGCCGACCAGCCCAUUCAGAUCUACGAAAAGAUUGUGUCUGGAAAGGUACGAUUCCCCUCCCACUUCAGUUCCGACUUGAAAGACCUACUGAGGAACCUGCUGCAGGUGGACCUGACCAAACGCUACGGGAACCUGAAGAACGGCGUCAGCGACAUCAAGAGCCACAAGUGGUUCGCCACGACGGACUGGAUCGCCAUCUACGAAAGAAAGGUGGAAGCCCCGUUCAUACCAAAGUGCAGAGGCCCGGGGGACACGAGCAACUUCGACGACUACGAGGAAGAGGAAAUCCGGGUUUCCUUAACGGAAAAGUGUGCAAAGGAGUUUUCUGAGUUUUAGGACACAGGAACAUGGAUAUAUCAGGGCUAAAACACAUGAAAUAAUGGGAUCUUUGCACUCUUCUAAAGACAUGGGAUUGAAGCAGAGACCGCCAUUGUUCAAAACUAUUACGUAGUCCCUUCAUUCCACAAGGCUGAAUGAGGUCGCCAUGAUCCUUUGGUGCCGAUAACACCUCACUGUUACACCCACCUGCAGUCUACAGCAGACACGUCACUACCCCAGUGUAUUUUCUUUCUAUUCUUUUCUUUUUUUAUCUUCCCACUACUUUUUUUUUACUUUGAAGCAGUUGUUGUAGUCUUGGAUGUUGUGCUCCCCUUUAAAAUGUGAUACUUUUCAACCUAGGAGGAAAAACCGAAACAUCACUUUGAAACCAAGGCCAAUGUUGAGUCCACACGGUGUAACGUCAAAAUCGAUUCUUAUGAGGCACAAUCACACAUGGUUUGUAGGGUAUUGCCUCUAGUUGUUGAUUUCAGUGUAUAUUUAUGGUCUGUUACAAGUCAAAUGCUUUUAUCAAGAGAAUAAUUGUAUCUUGGACUGAAACAGGAUUUUAUGUUUGGCCAGCUUUCAGAAAUAGUAUUUGUCCUAUGUGCAUAUCUGUUCUGUCACUUUUGUAAGACAUUUGAACACUGGGUGUUAAAAGCAUGACCAAAAUAGAAGCAAUUGGAUGAUGUGUUAAGAGAGGGCCCCUUUCCUUUCUUUGCCUUAGAGUGCAGAUUCCACUGACCCCAUGAAGUCCCAUUGAUCCACUGACCCAUUGAUGUUCAUUGUACACUACUACAGAGAAUGGCAAAGCUGAUAGACACAAUUGUUUUUUCCUUUGGGGUAAACAUUUUGUUAAACAUUAAGCACAUGUUGAGUUACUUCAUCUUAUUUCAGGUCCAGAUUUCAAGUACACAAAUGAAAAGGGUUCUUUUGUAUAUUAAUUUGUGAAGGGACGUUCCUCCAAUAUGUGGGGAUACAAGCAAAAGGAAAUCCUUUUUAGGGUUUUCAGAGUGUAGUGUUUCAUUUAUCAGUUCAGUGUAAAGUGUUGUGGCGUGAGCCUCAACCUUGUUAGUAAUACCUAAAAAGUCCACACUUCCUAACAUAUUAAUGCUAUGCUGUCUUUUUGCAAACUUUGAGGGAUUGCAAAGUAACAAUUUUCCAUGUUUUCCCUGUUGAUGUUUUUGAAUUGCCAUCCCUGUUUGGCUCAUUCUUUUGAAAGAAUAUAGAGUUGAAACUUUAUAGAUAUGCAUAUUGUCAAAAAAGAAAAAAAAGAAGAUGCUUGAUUUGAAGGUACAGUUUUCCUCUCACAUACACUGGCUAAAAAAACAAGACUGCUCCUUUGUAUCACAUAUAAUCCAGUCAUUGUUCAGCUCAUUACAUUAUACGUAUAUACAUUGUUUCAUAUAUAUGUUUUUAUUUAUACACAUUAGAGAUGCUAAUAAAUUUUAUUUUUAAAAGUG